GGUCCCUGUAAAGUUGUGGGCGAUUGGACGGGUUUGUAGUGGCGCCGAGUCGCUACCUGAUUUGACAUUUGUUUUCGGUUGGUUUCCCUGACCCUGAGUCUUGGAGUAUUGUGUGAAAAAGACAGCAUGAACUUUACCCCGACACAUACCCCUGUCUGCAGAAAGGUAACAGGUGUCUCCAAGCACAGCGCUGCCGCCGGCAUCAGUGGUCCCGGAAUGGCGGCGUCAGUGGAGUCCCCUCCCUUGCCUUCUCUUGAAGACCGUCUGGCCGUCCUCUGCCCUUCUCAGGAGCUUCUGGAAUAUUAUCAAAAGAAGAUGGCUGAGUGUGAGGCAGAAAAUGAGGGGCUGUUGAUGAAACUGGAACUCUACAAAGAAACUUGUGAAGGACAGCAUAAACUUGAAUGGGAUUUGCAGCAGCGGGAGGAAGAGAUUGCGGAAUUGCAGAAAGCUCUAAGUGAUAUGCAAGUCUGCCUCUUCCAAGAACGGGAACAUGUUUUACGCCUCUAUUCAGAAAAUGACCGACUGAGAAUCAGGGAGCUAGAAGACAAGAAAAAGAUUCAGAAUCUCUUGGCUCUUGUGGGAACAGAUGCUGGAGAAGUGACCUAUUUUUAUAAGGAGCCUCCGCAUAAAGUCAGCAUUCUCCAAAAGACUAUCCAGGCUGUAGAUGUAUGUGAACAGAAUGAAUCUUCAGCUUUCAAAACAGAUCCUAAAGUAAGCAAAAGAAGACCAGCAAUGAGAGAGAGGGAAGAAAGUUCUGAGCAUUACCAAAAAGAUAUACAGACACUCAUCCUACAGGUGGAAGCGCUGCAGGCUCAGCUGGCAGAGCAGACCAGGCUCUCCAGGGAACAAGUCGAAGGGCUCAUGGAGGACAGACAGAUCCACUUUGAGGAGAUACAAGUUCAGCACCAGAGAAAUCAGGACAAAAUCAAAGAGCUAACCAAAAGUCUCCAUUACACCCAAGAACUGCUCUAUGAGAGCACCAAAGAUUUUUUGCAACUCAAAUUUGAAAACCAAAAUAAAGAGAAGUCAUGGAUGCUUGAAAAGGAUCAUUUGAUGUCAAAGAUUAAGCAAUAUAGGGUACAGAAUAAGAGGAAAGAAGAUAAAGUUGGAAAAGUUCUGCCAGUUAUGCACGAGGGUCAUCAUACCCAAAAUGAAUAUAUUAAGUCCCUAAAGGAUAAGUUAAUACAAGAGAAAAAGCUGUCCAACAUGUAUCAAGAGCAGUGCAUUUCCCUAGAGGAAGAACUUGCCCGAAUUCGUGAGGAAGAGGGAAUGAGGAGAGAGAUCUUUAAGGACCGCACUAACAAGAUGGGGAAGCGUUUACAGAUAAUGACAAAACGCUAUGAGGCCCUGGAGCAUCGACGUAUCUUGGAAGUAGAAGGCUUUAAGACAGAUAUUAAGGUUCUCCGACAGAAACUGAAAGACUUGGAGCAAAUGCUCUACAAGGCAACGGUUAACGCCCGGGCAAACCAGGAUCUUGCCAUUCUUUCUGAGGUCCGUGACAGCAACAGACGGGCACAUAAGAUACAAGGAGAACUGAAGAACCUUAAGUCCAAAGUGUUUGAUCUGGAGAAUGAACUUAGACUCUGUUGACGUCUCCUUUUGGAAACGGCCCCAAUUUGGAAGAGGCCUGCUUCCUGAAAUCUGCAAACAGUGACAUCUCCCAGAAAGUUUAGACCUAGACUUGGCUAGGGUCGUGGGAUCCAUUAUCAUAAAGACAGAGUGAAGAAUCAAGGACCACUAAGAAGCUUUCCUUGCGCGCUAAGCUUUAUUUGCACUUUCUGCUGACCAGUUAGCUCGCUGGGGUGGGGGCCUGGACCUGAAUGGCUUAGAGGCUUUCAUUAUUUCUCCUGUUUAUGGUAACAGGUUUUUGGUUUUUUUAAGAAGACAAUGAUGAUGAAAACUUAGGAAGAAAGUAUUUUGCUAGGCUCUUGGCUGAGUGUCAGUCAGUGGAAAGGACACUCUCCGUAGAGAAACACGGGCACUCACUGAGGUUGUCUUUCUCCUAAGCAGAGGGCAAAGGCAGCACUUCUCAACUUGUAAAAUUUGCACGGGCAGGAAUUAUGCAAUUUACCCUUCUUCAGUCAGGAGCGUGUCCUGAGUUACCUGGCUGGACAGUCUCAUACAGUUUCACCAGAGGGCGCCAGAGAUCCUUCAACAAAUUGUUCACCUAGAAAAGCAAAGGCGCCACUUGGCAAGAGUGAGUGAAAUCGAAAUGAUACUUGUAUGAAAAGUUUAACAUUUUAUCACUAACGUGGCAUUUUUUAAAACAAUGUAUAUAGUCUAACUAUUUUCAAUAAAAUAUGUAA